AUAGUGUUUUUAGCAUCUCAAAACAUACUGCAUAUAUACACAUACACGGAUACACCAAGCUCUUCAUUCACUUCCAAAAUAUUAUACAAAACCAUAACAUGUCGCUGCCGGAAUCACAAAUGGUCAAAACUCUACCGGACGCUUGGGACUACAAAGGCAGGCCGGCACCCCGUUCCACCACCGGCGGCUGGACUAGUGCCGCCAUGAUUCUAGGGGUGGAGGCGUGUGAGAGGCUAACGACGUUGGGUAUCGCCGUUAAUUUAGUGACGUAUUUGACUGGUACUAUGCAUUUAGGACAGGCUAACGCCGCUAACGACGUUACUAACUUCAUGGGUACCUCUUUCAUGUUAUGUCUCCUCGGCGGUUUCGUCGCCGACACCUUUCUCGGCCGCUAUCUUACAAUUGCAAUAUUCACGGCGGUGCAAGCAACGGGUGUGACGAUAUUAACGAUCUCAACCGCCAUUCCAAGCCUACAACCACCAAAAUGUUCCAAAACCGGUGGUUCCUGCAUUCCGGCGACCGAUCUCCAGUUAGCCGUUCUGUACCUGGCCCUUUACUUAACUGCUCUGGGAACCGGAGGGUUAAAAUCCAGUGUAUCGGGUUUCGGGUCGGACCAGUUCGACGAAACGGACAAAGAGGAAAAGGCCCAAAUGACAACCUUUUUCAACUGGUUCUUCUUCUUCAUAAGUAUCGGGUCAUUGGCGGCAGUUACGGUUCUGGUUUACAUCCAGGACAACCUAGGGCGGCGGUGGGGGUAUGGGAUCGUGGCGUGUUCAAUUGGGUUAGGGUUGGUGAUCUUCUUGUCGGGUACAAGAAGGUACCGGUUUAAGAAGCUCGUGGGUAGUCCGUUAACCCAAAUAGCAUCGGUUUUCAUCGGAGCAUGGAGGAAGAGGCAUUUGGAGCUUCCGUCGGAUCCUUCCUUGUUGUUCAAUGUCGAUGAUGUUACCCAAGGAGUUGGAGUUGACGGAAAAAACCUUAAACAGAAGUUGCCUCACAGCAAACAGUUCCGUUUUCUCGACAAGGCGGCAAUCAAGAACAGUGAGACUGUGAAGGAGGUGAACAAAUGGUACCUUUCGACUUCAACCGACGUAGAAGAAGUGAAAAUGGUGAUCACGAUGCUCCCGAUUUGGGCGACGACAAUCAUGUUCUGGACAAUAUACGCCCAAAUGACAACUUUCUCAGUGUCACAAGCCACCACCAUGGACCGCCACAUCGGAAAAUCCUUCCUCAUCCCUCCGGCGUCGUUGACCGUCUUCUUCGUGGGGAGCAUUCUGUUGACCGUUCCGGUGUACGACCGGAUCAUCGUCCCAGUCGCCAGACGGGUCCUCAAACACCCACAAGGGCUAACCCCACUUCAACGGAUCGGGGUUGGCCUAGUCAUGUCUGCGUUAGCUAUGGUUGCAGCAGCGUUGACCGAGAUCAAACGACUUCGCAUGGCUCAGACCCAUGGGUUGGUCAACGACCCGUCAAAGGUGGUCCCACUCAGUGUGUUUUGGUUGGUUCCUCAGUUUUUCUUGGUGGGGUCAGGGGAGGCGUUUACUUACAUCGGGCAGCUUGAUUUCUUCUUGAGAGAGUGCCCGAAAGGGAUGAAGACGAUGAGUACAGGGUUGUUUUUGAGUACGUUGUCGUUAGGGUUCUUUUUUAGCUCGUUGUUGGUGAGUAUAGUGCAUAAGGUGACAGGGGAGAAGGAGCCAUGGCUAGCGGAUAACUUGAACAAAGGAAAGCUUUACAACUUCUACUGGUUGUUGGCAAUUCUAAGUGUUUUGAACAUGGGCUUGUAUUUGAUAGGGGCCAAAUGGUAUGUGUAUAGGGAACAUAGGCUUGCUGGGGAGGGCGUUGCCAUUGAGUUGGAGGAAGACAAGUUUGGCGCUUGAAGAUGAUGAUGAUGAUGAUGCAUAUUUAUGUGGACUAAUUUGUUUUAUCUAAAGUUUUAAUUUGUAAAAUCUGUGAUGAUCAAGAUAAUGACGAAAGUGAUAUGAACAG